AUGUCGACCAGACAGAAGAUCCGAGAUAUCAUCAGCGUCGCAAAGGAGCACAUUUCCAUCAUGUCGGGCAGAUACCGCGUCUCGCCUACUGACUUCGACGAGCUGUAUCAGCUCUACCAACUAGACACCUCAGCAAAGGGGCUCUAUGAAUUCAUCGUUGACCACCCAGUCACGCACGCCAUAGCGGGAAGGCUUAAUGUCCGCCCUAUCGACGUGCUCGCGACCAUGGUCGGCAAGACGGCGGAAGUCUGCCAGAAGGAACUCGACGCUGGUAGGUCAUCGUCAACAAAACAGAUCCUGAUGUACCAAGACGCAGAGGCGAAGGCUGCUCGACACCGAGCAAAGACGAUGGCCGAGGCUAGGAGCGCGAGCGUGAGCGAGUCUACUCUGAAAGGCGCCAAGUCGCUGCAGGUCAGCUACGAGGAGGGCAAAGUGGAGAUGGAGAUGGAGGCGUGA